AGAUGAAUCCUGCAUUAUCUCAUAGCUUCAGGAUUUCAAUGAUGUGAAUAUUUAUUUCUAGAAUGGCAUUGUAGGCUAGGUAUGAGAAGUUGGAUCUAGCCAGUAAAACAGGUUGAAAUGUGGUGUCCCAGUAAGAGCUGGAGAGGAAACUUAACUGAGAAUCAUCGUCACAAAAUAUCUACAGUUUAUGCCAAUGUUACAACUAAUAUUGAACAGUUAAUGAGUCUGUUGGUUGAUCCAAAUGAAAGGCAGGGAUAUGCUUUUAUACGUAUGAGGAUCCAGCGAAUGUGGCAGAAAUGGAUAGUAGCCAUCAAAUCCCUUCUCAAGAAACAAAACUUGAAUAAAAGACCUAAAAAGCGGGUUUUAAUCCAUUUAGGUCUUCUUACUAAACAAACAGGCUGGAAGUUUGCAGAAAUGCAGUUUAAAGGUGGUCCACUUGGAGAACUUGUUCAAUGGAGUGACCUGAUAUCGAGUUUAUAUUUACUUGGACACAACAUUACAAUUACAAGUGAAAUGGAACAAUUAACUGGGAUCUUAUCCAAACUUCCAUCUGUGUUGUCUCCAUGUCAAGCCCGGAAGGACUUACCUGUUGAUAUGAUCUACACUGACCUUGUUGGUUUACGUCAGUUCAAAAAACAUGUAAAAGGGGGUUAUGGUAAAUUCAGGUUUGCACGAGUUAAAACAUGCCAAGUUGUUUGUGUUCUUCUUUGUCACAUAUUGAUAUUAUGUAUAUUUGUAGCUCACACCCCUGACAACUCAUUUAUGGGGUUUGUAGUUGAACAGCAUUUGAAGGAUCCUGUACUGCCAAGCAUUAAGAAAAAGAACCAAGCUGUAGUCUAUGGUAAAAAUGAAUUGAUGUGGAAGGAUAAAACCAACUACUUGGCUGUUGUGAAUAAAUUUGUGGACAUUCAUGGCACAGUUUAUGUUAAUGGCAAAACAAACAAAAGCCGUUAUAUUCCUUUGUAUGUUAAAAACCAUGGCUUGCUCAAAGGAGAAGAACUUCAUACGUUACUCCGAGAGUCUAAGUUAUUUAUUGGUCUUGGUUUCCCCUAUGAAGGACCUGCUCCUCUUGAAGCGAUAGCUAAUGGUUGUGUGUUCCUCAAUCCAAAAUUCAACCCACCUCACAGCAGUAAAAAUAUACCAUUUUUCAAGGGGAAGCCAACUUCUCGAAAUCUUACCAGCCAACAUCCUUAUGCUGAGCAUCAUAUUGGUAGACCUUACGUUUAUUCAGUGGACAUCAAUGAUUUAGCAGCUGUGGAGAGUAUUCUUACUGAAAUCAUGACAUUAAAUAAGUUUGAACCCUACAUGCCACACGAAUUCACUGAGGAAGGAAUGCUACAAAGAUUGAAUGCUUAUCUUGAAGGACAAAAUUUCUGCUCAUUUCAAAAGACUGCUCCAAAAUGGCCUCCAUCCGAUGCCAUCGUUGUAUAUCUUGGUGAAGCUGGCAAGCCUUGUAACGAUGUUUGUUGGCAAAGAAAUCGUAUCUGUGAACCCUCAUAUUUCGAAGACAUCAACAAUUUAGAAUCACUGAAGAAAUACAAAGCUAACUGCACCACAAAAAAAUCCAUAACAGACAUUUAUUACCCGGCGUUUAAUCCUAAAACAUUUGAGUGCAUUUUACAGACAGAUGAACGCUUGUUCAGUUGUGCAGGCGACAAGUUUCCUUUAAUGCGUUUAUGUCCAUGUCGAGAUUAUAUCAAAGGGCAGAGUGCUCUCUGUAAAAACUGUGAUAGGUGACGAUGCUGUGAAAAUUUAUGCCACAGAAUUAACCAGGUUUUAUUUUCCUAUACCUUUACUUCUCUUUCUAAUGCAUCUAUCAAACUAUCAAAUGUCACCAUUUAUAAAUAGAUGUCUUCUGUGUGUGUGUGUGUGUGCAUCUACAUGUCUGUCUGUAUACACAUGCAUGUAUAUACAUAAAUACACUGGUGUAUUUUAGUAGCAACUUUUCAUUGCUGCUUGUAUGUGCUUGAAAUAACGAUCACUGAUCCAGUUGACUAGUUUGAGGUGAAUUUUUUUCCAAAAUUUCUCUCCAUUUCUAUUUUAUGUAAAGAUAGAUAGCUUAUGAAACAAGGUGAGGAGACCAUCUUUUAUGCUUUAAAUAAUGUCUCAUCCUCGGUCUGUUCACUUACAGACUGCAACAAUCUUUGAUCACAUUAUUUCCAUUCAUAACACAAAAGUAAACCAAAAGUUAUUUAUUGGUUACAUUAUCAUUUAUCAGAAUAAAAACCAUGUCUGCCAAAAAUAAACAGCUGAUAUCAUCUUCCAUAAACUGACAAUUUGCUACUAUCAACAAAGUCCACUACUGGAAAAGAAACUCACUGUCAUACUUCUGUUAGAUACAUACACCUAAAUGUAUUCUGUAUGUACACCUUUCUUGACAUAAUGUCUUUUAACAGACGACUCACAGAGCCAAUAGGGAGUUUCAACACGAGAGACUCAACCUGUUAGAAAUAGUAGCUAAGUCUCCCUCAAAUUAGAUCUUAUUGCCUUAACAAAAAGGGGAGAAGAGACAAAGACAGACUGGUCAUGGCUGGUGCAUCUUUGCGAGCAUGGAUCUGAGAUGACCUGGGGUUAAACAAUGCCAAAUGUCUCAACAAAAAUGUACAGUGUUUUAUUGAUGUUUUAUCAUUACUUAGCUUGGUUUUUAAAGGGAAAAAUUCCUAACUUAACCCUUGAAAAUUGAAAAUGGUUUUCAGUAGUUAAGGUUUCCAUCAAAUUUAAUGUUUGAAGAAAUGUAUAAAAUUUUUACAGAAAGAAAAUCAAUGUCACAUUGGCAAACUGGAUAUCUGGUUGUUAUUUCAGCAUAAGUGUGUGUAUGUAUAAAAAUGUGUGUGUGUGUUUAUGCACACACUCACACACACAUACAUACAUGUUUGUGUGUAUAUAUGUAUGUGUGU